AUGGUAAAUUAUAAGCGCAUCUUCAACGACCCAAGAAAGUUAAGAAAGCUUGCUAAAAAACCGCAAGCGAAAUAUUGGCUCUUGGUUUUAGGUGUCUUGAUUCUGAUUUACUUUUUUUUGUCAAAUGGAGAUUUCUCGUUCUUUUUAACACUUUGUUCCACACUUCAAAUGCUAGCUUUUGUUGCUAUUUGCAUUCAAGUCAGGCAUACAACUGAAGGUUUAUCACUCUAUACAUUCGUAUUUUAUUCACUUAUUUAUUCAAGCAGAUUGAGCUCAAUAUUACCAUUUGAAAGUUAUUUGCCUUAUGAUUCAUCAGGAGACUGGUUUUACCAAGUCGUUGAGAUCUGCUCUUUGGUUCAGAGUGUAUGGAUUUCAAUUAAGCUUAUCCUCUUCCUUUAAGUUUUAACAAAAAUAUAAGUAAAUUUUCCUUUUCUGGGUAAAUUAAAUUGAAAUAAAAUUGUUAUUUUUCAAUAGAAAUUUAUAGGUAAAAUGCUAAUGUAUAUAUUUAUGACCUAAUUUAUUAAAAGGAGUGCUAGAAAAAAUGCUAUUUAAACACUCAGCAUACUGAAUCAAUUAAUAUUUUAAGUUAAUUCUCUAUAAAAUUAAAAAUAAAAAAUAUCCAUUCAAUUUCACCUUUUAAAUUUGAAUAGAAAUUUUUGCUCAAAUUAAAAGGGGGCGUUAGAGAUAGUAAAGAAUCAAGCAAUUCCUGCUUUUACGCUAUUCCCUGCGCAUUUUUAGCUUUAAUUUCUCAUACGACACUGAAUAAUUUUUUCCUUACAGAUUAUUUAUGGACGCUUUCAAUGUAUUUAGAAGCAAUUGCAUUAAUUCCACUUAUAAAAGAAAUGAAAAGAAUUGAUGAUUGGGAUAAUUUUUCAUCACAUUUUAUUGCAGCAAGAACUGCUUCACAAAUACUAAGUGCUAUAUUCUGGGUGAAGUCUUUUGAUGAACUUAAUGUAGUGUACCACCGCUCGAAAAUUAAUCUUUUCCCAGGGAUAGCAGGAUAUUUCAUUUUAGCUUCACAGCUGGUUUCUUGUUUUUUCACAGGACAAUUUUUCUUUUGGUAUGUUAAAAGUGCGGCAUUAGGGACAACUUCAGUACUUCCUCUAUAA